CCACAGAAAUCAACUCUAGUACCAUUGUAUCUACAACCACAGAUUCUGUUACUUUGACUUCAGAUAUUACAGUGACAUCUACACAGUUGUUGUCUGGUACAAUUCUUGUUUCAACGCAAUCUGUUUCUACUCCAAGUAUAAUUCCAACUGUAUCUACAGAAAUGGACACUAGUAAUAUUGUGUCCACUAUCACAGACUCUGUUACAGUAUCUGGUACAAUCAUUGUUCCGACUCAAUCAGUAUCCACUCCUAGUACUUCUGUACUUCCAACUGUGACCACAGAAAUUAGCACUAAUAAAUCUGAUAACAUUGUUGUUCCUACAUCAUUUUCUGUGACUUCAUCUACGACUACUAGAUCUUUAUUGUCAUCUGUUUCCAAGGGAUUUAGUUCUCUUAGUAUUAUUUCUUUAUCUGUAGAGUCUUUUACUUUGUCUCAUUUCCCAUCUGAUAUGAUACCAUCAAUUCCUAACACUCCUACUCUAACAGCUACAAUUUCUCCUACUGAAAUUUUUAUGGCAUCCACAGAAAUUUAUAUAACACCUGCUAUCAUUAGUUCCGUUUUGUCACACUCAAGUGUUUCGUCGUUAUUCACUCCAGAGGUUACUGCUACUCCCAUUUUACCUUGUGAUUGCAAUUUUAAUGGUACUCUUGAAAGUGGCUCUUGCAAUGCAACACUUGAUAAAAAAUGCAUAUGCAAACAUAAUGUUGUUGGUGAAUUAUGUGAUGAAUGUGCUGAUGGUUUCUUUGGUCUUCAGUUAAUGGGAUCAUGUGAAGCAUGUAGUUGCUGUUUGGAUGGUACUCUUAGUUGUAAUAAGUUAAAUGGAUCCUGUACUUGCAAUGAGGGAUAUGGUGGCCCGCAAUGUUGUCAGAAGCUUGAAAGACAAGGUUGGAAAUUUAAUGGCUCCAGCUAUCUGCAAUACAGAACACAAUUCAGACGCACCAUAAGGAAAAUGGUCAUUGAUGUCACCUUCAAGCCGUCUAGUUUAUUUGGUUUAAUCAUGUUUGCUUCACGCUGGCAAAACGGAACUGGCUCCUAUUUCUAUAUACAGCUAAACAAUACUCUGCAAUUUUCUAUGAAUAUUGGGAAUAGUGUGGUUUUACUAAGUUCACAGAUGUCUAACAUAGAGCUAGAAAAGUGGCAGAGCCUUCGAAUUGUCUACUAUGCAUAUAAUCAUUAUGUGACAAUGGAAUUAAACAAACGUUUGGUGUCAUUCACAACCUUCUUCUCAACACUAUCAGGUCUCAGAUUAUCCAGUGGUUCGUUAUACAUAGGGAAAACAUCUCCAAUUGUUGUUAGUUCCCCAGCAUCAUUAGUCAAAUCUGGUUUUAAAGGAUGCAUUGAUCAGAUUAAUAUAAAUGUGAAUGGAUAUUACACUGUUGAGGCUAUCACAGAGGCCGUUAAUAUCAAGAAUUGCUACAAGAGUUAAAAUCAUAACCUUUUACCUUUAAUAUAACUUUUUAAUAGGCUUUUUACUUUUUAGUUUUAUUGUAUAAGAUCUAUAGACUUAUUUACCUUUUGCAUCAUUAUUUUCUAUAAGUUUUCUUUAAUUAAACAUAAAAAAUAA